GCAAGCAUCAUGGCGGACUUUCCUCAAAAAGGCUAAUCUCCUUUUACCUCUUUCAUUUAUCUCUUUCCUUUUUAAGUCGAAUUUUGUAAAGCUAUUUUCCGUGGAAUAAUGGCCGAAUUUCAGGCAGUAAUAAUGGCGGCUGGCACUGGGUCUCGUAUGUUUCCUUUGACUGAGAGAAUCCCUAAAGCCUUGUUACCUGUUGGAAAUUUGCCACUGAUAUGGUACCCAAUUAAUUUGCUCGACAAAGCAGGAUUUGAAGAGAUAAUCAUUGUAGUGUUAGACUCAGCCUUGACAAGAUUUCACCAGCUUCUACCAAUUGUCUGUAAUCCUAGACUGAAGCUUGAUUUUGUCACUAUUCCUGAUGAUGCAGAUAUGGGUACUGCAGACGCACUAAGAUAUAUUAAGGAUAAAAUAGAGAAAGACAUUUUUGUUGUAAGCUGUGAUCUUGUGACAGACAUUGCUCUUCAUCAUCUUGCUGAUAUUCACAGGAGUCAUGACUCAACUGUCAGUGCUUUUCUAGCUCCUGUUCCUCAGACAAGUGCUGAUAGAGAAUUUGCUAACAACCCUAAAGCCAAAAAGAAGACAGAUAACACUGAUCAAUAUGACUACAUAAGUAUUGAUUCCAGAGAAAGUAGGCUGUUAUUCUUUGCAACAGAAGCUGAUCUUGAUGAAAUCUUAGUGAUUCGAAAACCACUUUUAAAAAGAUAUCCUUGCAUUAACAUUGUGAAAAAUUUAAUGGAUGCUCAUUUGUACAUAAUAAAGAAAUGGAUUGUUGACUACUUAGCAGAAAACAAGUCGAUUAGUUCAAUAAAAGGAGAGCUUAUUCCCUUUUUGGUAAACAAACAAUUUCAGAAGAACAAGAAAGCGAACACAGUAGAUCCAAAAUCUGUUAGCACAGUUGUUGAGGAAUUCAGUAGCAUCAGACCAGAUAUUUAUGACUUUGCCAAAGAGGAUGAUAUUAUGUCAUACACAAGACAGUUGUCCUCAUGGAGUGGCACACUGACAGACAUUGAUCACUCUAACAGCAUCAGAUGUCAUGCCUAUGUCAUGGAAAAUGGAAUCUGCUUGCGAACAAACACUAUUCCACUUUAUGUGGAGGCAAACAGACAGAUACCGAAGCUUCUUCCAGGCUUUACAUCCAAGGAGAUUACCCUUAUUCACCCAUUGGCUACAAUAAAGCCCAAAUCACAGGUGGGAAAUGAUUGCAUGGUUGAUGAGAGUGUAUCUAUUGGAGAGAAAGUUUCAAUAAAGAAAUCUGUUAUUGGAAAGCAUACAGUGAUUGGAGAAAGAGUCAAGAUAAGCAAUUCUGUGAUCAUGGAUCAUGUCACAAUCAUGGAAGGUUGCAAUGUACAGGGUAGUAUUAUUUGUACAAAUGCACAUAUCAAGAAGAAUGUUAGUCUCAAAGAUUGUCAAGUUGGAGAUUCUCACACCAUUUCAGAGGGAGCUGAUUUGAAGGGGGAAGCAUUGAUUGCUGAACAUAUGAUGGACUUUGAGUAGGGAAAACAACCACAGCAUGUUAUUUUUGAAUUGAAGAAACAGCAUCUUUUCAUAUCUGAAUAUGCAAAGCAAUCUGUAAAAAAAAGGAAAACUUCAAUGUUGAUAAACCUAGUUACUACCAUUACCAUGAACUGCCUAUUUUGCAGUUUUUGUUGUCUUCUUAACAGACUUUUGAAAACCCAGUACACAUCACAGUAAAAUUAUGAUCUGAAACCAUCCACUUAUUCUGAGUUUAUUUGCUUGUGUGAUAUACCUGGUUAUAGUGUGAAAAAUAUAAAGGGAAUGUGGAUUGAACAAGCUUGAUAAACAUUGAUGGUAACCGCAUUCGAGGAAACAAAAUAAAGGUUUUUAGAUUUCUUCAGCAACACACUGGUAGGAAGUUCCCCACCCACCCACUUCAGAUAUCUCUGGGUAAAUUAUAUGAACACAAAUUUCAACUUGUCCGAAAAGUGAAAGUAUUUUUGUUAUUGAUCAUGGCUUUGUUUUUUUUGUCUUGAUACAUUCAUUGUAUUUACUCUACAUGUACAGCAAAGAGUAACUUUGUCAAAGCACUAGCUUGGGCUUUUUUUAUAGGGAUCAAAUUUUAUUUUUUGGAAGAAUGCAGUAUACCUAAAAUGAAACUGUUUUAUACCUUAGAAAACUGCACUAUA